GUUAGCUGAUUUUAACGCACUGUCGCGAAUUCCCAGGCUGUGGCGCGUGCACUUGGCUACGACGGGAAUUUCCCCCCUGAAAAACGACGUUUUAUUUUUCGUUGUUUUCUUCUCUUUCCUCGUGUGACACCGGCAACGAAAGUAUGAUUCCGUCGUCUGGGGAGAAUCUUGAAGAAAUGAUGUCGGAUUCGCCGGGACGGAUUUAAUUUUUCUGUCACGCGCCGCUCCUUGGGUUCGAUAAUGAAACCGGAGGCGAGUCCGUUAGCCAGUCAACGCAGUUGCUAUGUAACGUUAGCUAGCGGUAACGAUUUAAGUUAAUAACACUGUCAUGGUUUAAUAUAUAUAUAUGUGUAUAUAUUUUACUUUGUCUUCCGAAAGCUUUAUUAUAAUAUUCAGGCUUUUAUAUAACGUUGAUAACACAUCACUUUGGAGUAAAGGUUUAGCGAUGUGUCAGCUAACUAGCUAAUAAAUAAUUUACAUAGAUACAUAACUAGCAUAGUUGAGUUAGCUGAUUAAAUUCUUAGUAAAGCAGAAUAACGGUAACUAACAAAGUGGGGAUGAUCACUUGGUUUUGCGGUUUAAGUUUACAACCCAGUGGUAAUUAUUUUUAGUUUUUUUUUUUUUACUUGCACAAGACAAUAAUCAAUAUUCGAUACGUCAAUCCAGCGAAUAUGCUAGCAGUUUGACUCUGAACCGACUCCGAACCGACUCCAAUGUAAGUUAGGUUGAAAAGUUCUACAAAGUGCUUUGACAGUUCGACUCUGAGUUUCAGGAAGUUUCUAACUGAGGCCCUGCUUGAUUUCCACUUGAAUAAGAUUUGUGACACUCCAGCAGGGAGUUGGCUGUUCAGCUUUUCUUCUGAUUGACUCUCAGGAUUAUUUAUUAUCUUAAUAACUCUGAAUCAUCAUGAAGAACUUUACAGCGAAGACAAAGAUGUGAAUUGGGAAAACAGUUGACCCUAUCAUGGCCUCUUUUCCAUGGCAUGACUUUCCUGCCCUGGAGGCUGAAAUGUUCCAGAAAUAAAGAACACAUUUCUAAGGAGUCUGGGAUUUAUGGACAUGUAUAUGGAUCUGUCCAGAUCCGUCGUCUAGAACUCUCUUAACGUUGGUCUUCUUGUGGAGAGCCGUGUUUGUGUGCAAAACAUGGGAGAAACCAGCCUAAACGACUCCAACGUCAAGGUGGCCGUCCGCGUCCGGCCCAUGAACCGGAGAGAAAAGGACCUGAACACAAAAUGUGUGAUUGAUAUGGAUGGGAACCAAACCUUCCUGCAUCCAGCAAGCGGGAACCUGGGAAAAGCUGACUCAAGGAGUCAGCCCAAGGUUUUCGCGUAUGAUUACUGCUUCUGGUCCAUGGACGAAUCCGAAAAGGAAAAAUUCGCAGGACAAGACAUGGUGUUUCAGUGCCUCGGGGAGAGUCUGCUGCACAACGCCUUCCAGGGUUACAACGCAUGCAUCUUCGCAUACGGCCAAACCGGCUCUGGGAAGUCGUACACCAUGAUGGGUUCAGCAGAUCAGCCCGGUCUGAUCCCUCGGCUCUGCAGCUCGCUGUUUGAGCGCACAGUGCAGCACCAGCGAGAGGAGGAGAGCUUCACCGUGGAGGUCUCUUACAUGGAGAUCUACAACGAGAAAGUUCGGGACCUCCUGGAUCCUAAGGGGAGUCGUCAGGCCCUGAAAGUGCGAGAACAUAAAGUCCUGGGGCCAUACGUGGACGGACUCUCUCGACUUGCCGUGGCGAGCUACAAGGACAUCGAGUCAUUAAUGUCCGAGGGGAACAAAUCUCGCACCGUGGCCGCCACCAACAUGAACGAAGAGAGCAGUCGCUCUCACGCUGUUUUCAACAUCAUCCUCACACACACACUCCGUGACCUGCAGUCUGGGACCAGUGGGGAGAAAGUGAGUAAGCUGAGUUUGGUGGAUUUGGCUGGAAGUGAGAGAGCAGCUAAGACCGGUGCGGCUGGUGAGAGACUGAAGGAAGGCAGCAACAUUAAUAAGUCUUUAACCACACUGGGGCUGGUGAUCUCAGCGCUGGCUGACCAGGGUGCAGGAAAGAACAAGAGCAAGUUUGUGCCUUACAGAGAUUCCGUGCUCACGUGGCUGCUUAAGGACAGUUUAGGUGGAAACAGUCGGACCGCCAUGGUGGCCACGGUGAGUCCGGCCGCCGAUAACUACGAUGAGACCCUGUCCACGCUGCGCUACGCCGACCGUGCCAAGAGCAUCGUUAACCACGCUGUCGUGAAUGAGGAUCCCAACGCCAGGAUCAUCCGAGAGCUGAGGGAGGAGGUGGAGAAGCUCCGGGAUCAGCUCACGCAAGCAGAGUCCAUGAAGGCUCCAGAGCUGAAGGAGAGGCUGGAGGAGUCUGAGAAGUUGAUCCAGGAGAUGACGGUCACCUGGGAGGAGAAGCUAAGGAAGACGGAGGAAAUUGCACAGGAGAGGCAGAAGCAGCUGGAGAGUCUGGGCAUCUCCCUGCAGUCGUCAGGGAUCCGUGUGGGAGAUGAUAAAUGCUUCCUGGUCAACCUCAACGCUGACCCCGCCCUCAACGAGCUGCUGGUUUAUUACUUAAAGGAACACACGAUGGUGGGUUCAGCAGACUCGCAAGACAUUCAGCUAUGCGGCAUGGGCAUCCAGGCUGAGCACUGCGUCAUCAACAUCACCUCCGAGGGAGCGGUUUUCCUCAAUCCGCACAAGAAUUCCAGGACGUGUGUGAACGGAUCUCCAGUCACGAGCCAGCAGCAGCUUCACCAUGGUGACCGCAUACUGUGGGGCAAUAACCACUUUUUCAGGAUAAACCUUCCAAAGCGCCGUCCACGUCCAGUGACCGAGGAGGAGGAAGGAGAGGGGGGUAAUAUGAAGAACAGCAACAGCAGCGAGCAGCUGGAUGCAGACGGUGACACGGCCAGCGAAGUUUCCAGCGAAGUCAGCUUCAGCUAUGAGUUCGCACAGACCGAGGUCAUGAUGAAGGCACUGGGGAGCAACGACCCCAUGCAGGCCGUGCUGCAGAGUCUGGAGCGACAGCACGAGGAGGAGAAACGCACAGCCCUGGAGCGGCAGCGGCUGAUGUAUGAGCAGGAGCUGCAGCAGCUGCGUAAGCGUCUCACCCCAGAACGGCAGAGCGCGCAGACCCAGCAGCACUACCGCAGCAUGGAGAGACUCAGCCUGGGCGGGCCGUCGUCGUCAUCUCGUCUGCGCCAGUGGAGUGAGGAACGGGAGGCGAUGCUGACACGGAGUUUGCGGAAACUUCGGGAACAGAUAGUAAAAGCCAACCUGCUGGUGCAAGAGGCAAGUUUCAUCGCAGAGGAACUGGACAAGAAAACCGAGUACAGAGUCACUCUGCAGAUCCCUGCUGCUAACCUCAACGCUAACAGGAAGCGUGACGCUGUGCUGAGUGAACCUGCCAUCCAGGUGAGGCGGAAAGGUAAAGGCAAGCAGAUCUGGGCUUUGGAGAAGAUGGAGAACAGACUGGUAGACAUGAGGGAGCUCUAUCAGGAGUGGAAGGACUAUGACGAGGAUAAUCCUGUGAUGCGUUCGUACUUCAAAAGAGCAGACCCCUUCUUUGACGAGCAAGUCAAUCACAGUCUAAUCGGAGUGGCUAAUGUCUUCCUGUCCUGCCUGUUUUAUGACGUAAAGCUGCAGUACGCCAUUCCCAUCAUUAACCAGAAAGGAGAGGUGGCAGGACGACUGCAUGUGGAGGUCGUGCGUGUUGCCGGAGGUGUAGAAGACGGCAUGGCUGGAGGGGAAGACGGGGAGAGCAGCCCUGAGGGAGAUCCGCUCGAGCGCAAACUCGUCUGUAUGAUUAAGAUCCUGCAGGCUACGGGCCUUCCUCAGUACCUGUCCAACUUUGUCUUCUGUCAGUACUUGUUCUGGGACCAGGCCGAGCCCAUCAUCGUGGCUCCCGAGGUGGACCCGUCUGCCUCAUCACCCAGCAGCAAAGACCCUCACUGCAUGGUGGUGUUCGACAGCUGUAAGGAGCUGGCCGUAGCAGUAACGGAGGAUUUCAUCGAGUAUCUAACGGAGGGAGCGUUGGCUAUUGAGGUAUAUGGCCACAGGCAAGCUGAUCCAGGCAGGAACCUGGCCCUGUGGGACCUCAGCAUUAUUCAGGCUAAGACUCGCACACUGCGUGACAGGUGGAGCGAAGUGACAAGAAAGCUGGAGCUAUGGGUGCAGAUCCUGGAACUGAACGAGAACGGAGAGUACAUGCCUGUUGAAGUGGUGUCAGCUGGAGAUGUUCGCACAGGGGGCAUCUUUCAGCUGCGACAGGGUCAGUCUCGGCGGGUGCAGGUGGAGGUGCGUUCGGUGCAGGACUCUGGCACUAUGCCACUGAUAGCCGAGAUUAUUCUGGGCGUGUCCAUCGGGUGUGUGGAGAUCAGACAGGCUUGCCCCGCUAAAGGCAAUGACUCAGAACAGUCGGAAGGGGAUGAAAUGGACAGCUAUCAGGAGCGAGACCUUGAACGGCUGAGACACCAGUGGCUGGCCGCUCUCACUAAGAGACAGCAGUACCUGGACGAGCAUCUGCAGAGUCUGGUCAGCAAAACAGAUAAGUCCGAGGAUGAUGUGGAGCGUGAGGCUCAGCUGCUCGAGUGCCGGCUGACUCUGACCGAGGAGAGGAAUGCGGUGAUGGUGCCCUCUGCUGGCAGCGGCAUUCCAGGAGCUCCUGCAGAGUGGGUACCAGUGCCUGGGAUGGAAACUCACAUUCCAGUCCUCUUCCUUGACCUGAGUGCUGAUGAUUUUAGCUCCCAAGAAAACCUGGAGAGCCCGGAAGCCGGUGGCUGGGAUGCUCUACUGAGUAGCGAGGAUGAAGACGACUUCUUUGAUCUGCAGAUCGUCAAGCACCAUGAUGGAGAGGUGAAAGCCGAGGCCUCCUGGGACUCCACGGUUCAUGAGUGUCCUCAGCUGAGUCGAGGCGGAGCUGCUGACCAGAGGGUCUACCUGAUCAUACGCACUGUAGUGCAGCUCAGCCACCCGGCAGAGAUGCAGCUCGUCCUGCGCAAACGCAUUUGCGUGAAUCUCACUGGACGACAGGGGUUUGCUCAGAACUUCCUAAAGAGAAUGUCCACACGGAGCACCGUGCCUGGCUGUGGGGUGACCUUCGAGGUUGUGUCCAAUAUCCCAGGGGAUGCUCAGAGCUCUGAGGACAGGGAGAUGCUCGCCCGCAUGGCCGCCAAUACAGAGGACCCCAAAUCAUCAGACAACGAGGCAGCCAUAGAGAAAUACCUGCGCAGCGUCCUGGCUGUGGAAAACAUCCUCACACUGGAUCGCCUGAGACAGGAGGUGGCAGUGAAGGAGCACUUGGCUGGUAAAGGAAAGGGGAGCAGGCGGAGUCUCAGCUCGCCCAGUGUGCACAGGUUAUCUGGGAGCAGACAGGAUUUGUCUCUAAACUCGAGUCUGGAAGACAACAAGAAUCGAUGGGAAAGUCAGCAGGACAUCUUCCUGACAGCUCCGCAGUUCAGCCGCACACUUCCUCGGCCCACCAGAGACCCCACACCACCACCACCACCACAGAGCCGGAGCCCACCCCAAACCCAGGAUCCAGAGCAAGGCCUUUCAGGGCUCGCUGCUUCUUAUCUCUCCCCAGUCAAGGCCCUUGUCCCUCAGAUGCCCAAGCUGCUCAAAUCCCUUUUCCCUGCUCGGGAAGACAAAAAGGACCUGCGUCCCUCUCCACAAUUGCAACAGCACGUGCCUCGUAUUAUGAUGCAGAGCAGCAGCAGCCCAGAUGAAAGCAGAGUUCGAGCAGAACCGCUGCCGGUGAUGGGAAGGAGUCUUGGUUCUGAGAAACCCUCAGACAGCCCUGAUGCAUCCACCUCCUCUGUGCAGGACUCGCAUGAGCUGCCCCUCAGCCCCAUGAGUGAAGCCUCCAGUGGCUAUUUCUCUACCAGUGUCUCUACUGCAACCCUCUCUGAUGUCUCUGCUGCAUCUGGAGACCUAACCCCGAGCCCCAACACCUAUGAUACAUCUCGGCGGGUUGCAGACGAGUGCGAGGGUACUGCCAUUCCUCCUGCAGAAACCGGGCUCAAAUACAUUGAGGAACCUCAGCAGAACCUGAAACUCAAAGACCUACAGCCCGCGCCUCGGAACGGCGUUCCCUGUUCUCAUGCUGAAACAAAACUAGUAACCGUCCCUAUUUUAGUAUCUAAAGCUGCUACAGACCAUGCUUUCUCCCUCCAGAGGGUCAAGCCCUCGAACCUCAAGUCGUUUAGCCCCAUCCUGCCUGAGGAAGAGAAGGAAAAGGGAGAAAGAGUCAGGGCAGAGGGCAGCUCUGACAAAAUGAGCAGAGAUGCCGAACUUCCUCCCUGGCUCAGAGUCGGAGAAAACGUCAUGGUUGCCAACAGUAAGUAUGGCACAGUGCGUUACGUCGGGCACGUGGACUUCUCAGAGGGCAUCUGGGUAGGAGUGGAGCUGGACACACCCACAGGUAAAAACGAUGGCUCCGUAGAGGGCCGUCAAUAUUUCCGCUGCAACCCCGGUUACGGAGUCCUUGUGCGGCCGGACCGGGUGAGUCGGCGCAACACGUCCAAGCGGUAUGGGGAGAACCGGCGUAGCGGCGAGUUCCUACAGGUGAAGGCAGGUUCAGGCCUGACUAAUCAGAAAGCAGAAAACCGCAAAUCCUGGAGUAACUAAACACCGCUUCUUCCUGUACCACGACAAAUUCGCAUUCCUGCACUUAUAACCCUGGUGCUCGGUUCUACACAGAGGAGCUACAGAGUUCCCUCGUUCUCACCUCUACACCAGCGCACCUGUUCACGUGACGAGUCGCAUCUCAACACUGAAUAAACUGUGCGAGUCCAAACUCCUAUAUAUAUCGAGAAACCCAGUUCUCUGGGGUCAAACGGUUUUUAUCCUCUGAGUCCUUUUGUAGACUCGUGUUUUAUGUCAUUAGGCAUGAUUAAUAUUCUUCCCCUUUAGUCAAUAAUCUGUGCUGAAAAUCCCGAAUGUGCCUUUGUGAUUUAGUUUUUUUUGUUUUUUUAAAGUCAUCCCUUAUUCCUCGAACACUAGCAAGAAAGCCUUCUGUCAGGGCGUGGUCUGAUCUCAGGGAUUGGUCAGAGAUAGCGGUCGUGUCUGAUGUAAGAGAAAGCAGGUUCUGCAUCAAAAGAUGCCAAAAGUGUAGUUUAUGCAUAUAUAUGUGUAUAUAUUUAUAUGUAAAUAUAUAUACAUAUAAUGUUAGGUUUGUUCAUUUGAGGGCCUAUUCACACCAAACUCUUUAUAAUUUUUCUGAACUAUUCUAGUUUUUAAAGCUUAAUUUCUGUGGGAUUUGGAUGAUUUUAGGCUCGUGUUAGAGCUGUAUGAACCUUAUUUUAAAAAUAAAAUGUUUCAGUGGGGAAAAGCAUGUGAAGUGUUGCUUCACUAGAUCAUCUAAUGAUCUGCUAGAUAGAACUUCACCUCCCCGUGACGGAGCAGGUGAGUGUUCCACUUUCAUGCUGUAUCGUGUUUAGUAUGAAUAGGCCUAAAGACAGGAAGUUGCAUGUGGGAGAGUAAGAAAAAGAAGGAAGAAAAUUCUGUAGCUCAUACGGGGUGAAAGGCCACUACAUACCUCAGAGCAUGUAGCACGUUCUGAUCCGAGCGAUUUUAAGAGAAUGGAUCGGUUUAACUGGGAGACGAGGUUUUAACGUUGCACUGGAAUUCACAAGGAUAAACCUCCAGAUAGGAAUGGCACGUGACGGUCGGAUGAAAGUGAGAUCAUUUCAGUGAUUUAUAAAGUUAAGUCUUCCAUGAGGGGCUUUGAAUUUAGUGAAGAUGCCGCAUAAGGUGGUACGAGGACGGUCCGGUUCCUGGCAGUGCCUGAGGCUACACUAUAUUCAUUUGCGUAAAGCGAAUAAGAGGAACGAAAGUCAUUCCAAGAGAAAGUAUUAAACGUUUUGCAUCAUUACGCAGUCGGAGAUGCACAUACUUCAGUAUGAAGGAGCAUGAAUGAGUUCUUGCACAUGGGAGCAGACCAGAAUGAUGGGUUAUACCAUUGCAUUUUAAUCCUCACCCUGCGUUCACACCAUCACACGACAAGUGGAUCUCUGUGUGGUCCAGCAUCCAGAAGCAGUAGUAGCUAUAUACACAGCUUUUAAAGUUAACUACAGAAACACAGAUUAAAAUAAUCAGUGUUUGAUUUUACGUUACAUUCGCGCCAGCAGUUUGGCUGUCUAACUAGCUGUACUAGCAAUUUAUCCAACGAUCUCUGUCAUUUCCUUCCAAGCAUUCAGAACGUCUCUAUAUGCAUUUAUAAAGAGAUUGUGUGAUAAGGUUUAGUUUUUCGCUCCUUCUUGACCAGCAGGCAGUAAACAGGAACAGUGGACCACAUGGCGCUCCGAGGAAUCUCGGCUUUAGCGUAAAACUGAACUGAACAUCUGGCUUUGUCGCUCGUUCGUGUGAACGCAGGGUUAAAGUCCUUAAUGUGAUUUCUGAAAUCGAAUGCAAUAUUGAUUUUAUUAAAGUAUAUUUUAAUGAUCAUAGAUAGCUGUGGAUUUUUUUGCUAUCAAAGUUUUCAAUUUAGGAAUCCCUUUUAAUUAAAACAUUGCACAUUUGAUUUAGCUUAGAUGUGGGCCCACCCAGUGGGGGUCUUCUUCUUCUUCUUCUUCUUCUUCUUCUUGUUUUCUAGAGAGUUCAAAUCUAACUGAGGUGCUGAAAUAAAAAGCCAUCAUCUUUUUAACUCACAAGUGUCCCCAGGAAGCAGGGAAGAUUUCCUUCAAGUAGUAUUUAUUUUCCUGAUUUUAUUCUUCAAUAACUUCAGAGUCUAACUAAUAGAACUGUUUGGUGGAAUUAGUGUGUGCGCGUGUGUGUGUGUGUGUGUGUGUGCGCGCCUUCAUUAGACAUGGCUUCUUCAUCUCGUCAUUGCACAAGUCUUGGGGAAUAUUAUCACUGAAACGUAUCUGUCGCAUCGUGUCCGUGUGCCUUGUGCAGCAAAAUAUUUGAAAAAUUACGCACAAGUAGCUCAGAACAGCACUGCUCUGAUCUGACCGGCAGAUGUGCACAGAUGUCGGUCAGAGAGACGAGUACGGAGGUUAUAAGAUGGGGAAAUAAAUCCUGAUUUUAGGAAUUUCAAAUACAGAAAAAAAUCUUGCAUAUUUACUUUGUCACCGUGUGUUUACACCUUCCCAUACCUUCCCACACCUUCCCAUACCUUCCCAUACCUUCCCAUACCUUCCCACACCUUCCCACACCUUCCCAUACCUUCCCACACCUUCCCACACCUUCCCAUACCUUCCCACACCUUCCCACACCUUC